CUAGAAGGCCAGAGAACCAUUAAGAGACUGUAGUCCAGGGCUGGGGAACCUGUGGGCAUCCAGAUUUUGUAGGACUCCAGUCUGCAUCAGCCUCAGUCAGCAUGACUGAUGGUGGUGGUGUUAUAAUCUGGGGGAAACUAUGCUGGCUGUCCCUGCGUAGUCUGGGCUAAAGACUGUUGUAAACUCUCAAGAACUUUUCCAUGGAAGUCCAAUUCACUUCCUGUGUAGCUUGGAAGAAUUUUGUAACGUGCCACUGAACAUCUGAAUGGAGCAAACGCAGCUUUUGGACUGGGAUGAAGAGGGGGAUCUCGAUGAUUCCUCCGGUGCAGCUGGUAACUCUGGGGAGACCCCCAAGCCUGUGGGGCGCUUGCACCUUCUGAGCAGCAAGUAUGGCCCCGAGAAAGAUUUCUGGAUCUACCCUGGAGAGAAUGUCAUUGGCCGCCUGGAAAGCUGUCAGAUCUUCUUGCCUGCCUCUUCAGUUUCGAAAGCUCAUGCUGUGAUUGAAGUCCCUUCCCCCAAUGGGCCCCACCUUUUGUAUGAUCGGGGCAGCCUAAACGGGACACGGCGCCAGCGUAUGGUGUUGAUCCCAGAAGUCCGAUACAGCCUUCAGGAUGGAGACACCCUACUCUUUGGUGACAUGGGGUGCCAGUACUUCAGGCUGGUCCCAGAGGGCAUCUCUGAGUCCCCCAAUGAGUCCAUGGAGGUGCCACCUACCCAAUCGCGAGUGGAUGCCACUGCUUUGGCCAUUGAGGAGACACCUGCGCCGAGGAGGAGGAUGGGCUUUGGGGGAGUCUUGGUCCAGGAUUCUGACAAGGAGGAAGAAGGGGAGGAAGCGGUGAAUGGGGCAGGCAAGAUCCGGAGUCUCCCAGCAAGUGAUGGGUCUGGUUCUUCUAUCAAAGAUGGUGCUGGAGGACGCUCCCAUUUGGUUUCCUCUGUGUUCUUCUCUCCCUCUGCUACUGUUGUGCCUGAAAGUGAUGAGGAAAGUGAGGAGCCCUCUGAUGGUGGGCCACCUUGUCCAUCCAUGCACCUGUGCUUUGAGAGCCAGGAUGGUGAGCCAGGCCCUUUGGGGAAUGGUGCUGUUACUCCUCCAAGCCAAGAGGGGCAUCCUAUACAGCCAAGAACCACAGAGACUGAAGCGAAAGCCCCUCCAGACUUGGGAAACACAACACCGAAAGAGCAAGGAGCUCCUCCAGAUCAUAGCCUCGUAGAUUUCCACCUGGACAGUGAUACAGAUGUGGAGGAUGAGGAUAGAGUGCACAGCGCCUCUGAAACACCAAAGUCAGGGGACCUCGUGAAAGAUAACCGGGCCUUAGAAGUGGACAGUGACACCGACAUGGAUGAGCCUGGAGUGGUGAAUCCAGAUGGUGGUUGUCAGAAGAACCACCAAGCAGCUAUCGAUGCAGGCAGUGAUACAGAUGUGGAGGCGGCAGAGAGCCCGGGUGUUGUAGGCCUGCAGGCCUGCCGACCUGCUGAAAACGGGGAUGAUGUCUCAGAUGCAGAGGAGGGACUGGAGAAUCCAAGUGUUGGAUCUCCUGGUAACUGUGGGCCCAGUCACACAACCAAAGGGAUUGGAUGCAAAGGCAGAGAAGGGGCAAAAGACAAUCCAGAUGUUGCACAUCCCAACAGCCGUCAGCCCAAUGAGAAAGGGGACAGUGACACAGAUGUGGAGGAGGCCAUAGAUAAUCCAGAUGUGUGUGUAAGGGCCCAGCAGCCCGCUGAAGAGGACAGUGACACGGAUGUGGAAGCCACAUCCCCCAAGGUGGAGAAUCUGGAUGGGACUCCGAAGACCAAGGAUGCUGUUGGGGACAGCGAGGGCGAUACAGAUGUGGAAAUGGCUGACUUGGCCCUGGAGAAUGCAGAGGUUGCUUGUCCUCGCCCUACAAGCUGCAAGGGCAGUAGUGCCAAUGUGGAAGAGAUUCCCAUCCAAGGGGUUGUGCUGCAGAACCUGGGUGAAGGUUCAAGAGAUGAUGCUGUAACGGAGACAGAGAAGCCUAGUGCUGGACCUCAGAGGAGUUACGAAGCUGCCAGUGAACAGUCCAGGGGCUUUGGUAGUAAGGAACCCCUGGACAAACCUGAGGUUGCAGAGAAUAAAACCGUUCCACCUCAAAAUCAGUUCUUGCCUGCUCUUUCUCUGGAUAGUGAUACGGAUGAGGAAGAGGAGGCUGAAAAUCCAUAUGUGGACUCGAAGAAGAAUUGCAAAGUCACCGGCGCUGGGCUCGGUGGAGGAGGUAGCCCAAAGCCAGAUGUAGGGCCCCAGAAGAGCCCCAGAUCUCUUGAAGGAGAGGACAGCGACACUGACGUGGAAGUGGAUCUUCCAUCCCGCAAGGAAUCUGUGGCUCAAGACAGGGAUACAGACGUGGAGGGAGAGACUGCGCCGUUGCCAGCGAAGUCCUUGGGAGAGCAAGACACUCAGUUAGCAGAAGCAAGAGCCCGCCAUGAACCUUGCAAAGAGGAUGAAGAUACGGAUGCAGAAGGAAGCGAUCUCCAUCCAGGAGAUGACAGCAACACUGAUGAUGAUCCAGACCUGGCUCUCCAGGCUACUCAGUGUUUCUUGCCUGUGGAGGCCUCAUCUCCCAGGACUGCAAAGGUUGGAGAGACCCCCAUGGCAGAUUCCAGUUGCGCUCUGGAAGAGGCAGCCACUCAGGCGUUUGUCUUUCGAUCCCCUGCUGCACCCUGCAAACUCCCGGCUGGGACAGAGUGCAGCUCCCUUUUGAAUGAUGACAGUUCAGAUGCUUACAUGCUGGAAGCCACUCAGUCAUACUGUCAGGAGCCUGGGGAGCUCUCGGAAGAGCCCACACAGGCCUUCCUUGCCGAAGAGGAAGAAGAGACAGAACUGCUCUUCCCGCGCCCACCUGAAGAGGAAGUUAUUUCUGAGCAGGCGACACCGCCUGUAGUUUCAGUUUUGUCCUCUAGGGGGCAGCAGGCUGCUAGCCUCCUAGGAACCAGCACUCAAACCUAUUCCAUAGAAUUGUCCAGUCCUGAGGCUGCCCCACAGCCAGCAGGGGGCGUUGUUUCAGAGGAACUCAAGGAGGAAGAGGAAACCCAGCCUGUCCAUUCAGUGCAAAUUGCCUCUGUCGGCAGCAGUCGACCCUUGACUUUGCAGGAGGCGAAGGAAGUCCCAGGGAGCCAGAACCAGGCGGCUGUGGCAGCCCCCGAAAUUGGAAGCACUGCAGAACUGUCACAGACACAGAACAUGGCAGCUUGUGUUGAUAAGUCAGAAGACAGAAGCUCAGCGCCAACAGGAGAAACAAGAGACACUGAGCAGGUGCUGGAAGAAGCCAAAGAGGAGCCCUCCCAACCUGUGGCCUCUGCCCUUGGCCAGCGGAGGCGCAGUCUGCGGUUGUCUUCUGCUGCUGCUGUUACCCCAACGCCCGUUCUAGAAGGACGAAGCCGCCGGUGUGGCCUGUUGGGAUCUGGUGACGUAGAUGGGUCCAGGGAACCGGUUACCCCCAUCACCAGGCGUAGGGGGCUUCGGCAGCUCAGCAACCCCACCCAAUAUAUGGGGGAGCCAGAAGAGAAGCCGGAGCAGCCUGAAGGAGAGGAAGCGAGCCCCAAUAAGAAGCCCAAGAACAGGGAGCCGACAGUUGCCCCACGUCGGGGGCGAGCCAGGUGCUCGCAAAGGGAAGCAGAGGCCGCCAGCAGGCUUAAGGAAGAGGCGGUGGUGGCUGCUGGCAGCCCAGGGACCAGGGAGCGGCCGAAGCGAGGGAAACGGAGGGCGGCAGCUGAGCCUGUGGAAGAACAGGAGGCAGGAGUCCCAAGGACCCGAGGAGCCAGCAGGCGGUCAAGCAACUCUUCAGUGGGCACACCCAGCCCAAAGGAUUCUGGGAAAGAGGCCCAGCCUGAGCAGGAGCCAGCAGGAAGGAGGUCACGGCGACAGAGCACAGAAAGCAAACCAGCGGGAACAAGAGUCCAGCCCCGGAACCGACUCCAGAGCUCAGCGGCCUGUGGCGUUCCUGCCCCAAAGGUGCUGUUCACGGGGGUGAUUGACGAGGAAGGGGAGCGCGUGGUGAAAGAGCUGGGCGGCUCUCUGGCAGAAUCCGUCUUUGACUGCACCCACCUUGUGACGGACCGUGUGCGUCGCACGGUCAAGUUCUUGUGUGCCCUGGCCCGGGGCAUCCCCAUUGUGACCCUCGACUGGCUAGAGAAGAGCAGGCGGAAUUCCUUCUUCCUGGCACCAAACAGCUUUCUGGUUUCGGACUCUGAGCAAGAGAAGAACUUCCGGUUCAGCCUGUCCGCGUCACUGCAAAGAGCACGGCAAGAGGGGCCCCUGCUUCAGGGCUACGAGAUCCACAUCACUCCUAAUGUCAAGCCGGAGCCUGAGCACAUGAGAGACAUUGUGAAAUGUAGCGGUGGAACAUUUUUACCCAGAAUGCCUCGAGCCUACAAGGACAAGCGCAUUAUCAUUUCCUGUCCUGAAGACCUGCCCCGUUGUAAAGCAGGGCAGGAUGCCAGAGUCCCCAUCGCCAACUCAGAAUUCAUCUUGAUGGGGAUAUUGCAGCAGAAGGUAGAUUUGGAUGCCUACCGCCUGGCUGUGGUGGGCAGCCCCUCGAUUGCCACUCCCACAACCAGGUCCAGUAGGAGGAGGGCUGCAGCACCAACAACAGCAGCCUCACCCAGCACAGCAAAGAGACGGCGCUGAUACUGAAACACAAUCCAUUGUCAUGGAGACAAUGCCUUAGACUUGUAAAUACCUUUUUUAUCACUGUCAAUAAACUGGGUAUAAAAUGA